GGUGCUGGGUGUGGGGCGGCUCCGGGGCCGGGGAUGGCGGCGGCCGCGUUUGCGGCGGCUCCGGGACAAGCAGGCGGAGCCCGGGGAGCGCCGUGAGAUGGGCCGGCUUCCAAGGCAGCCGGGAGGACACUUAAUACAGCUGCUCAGAAGCACCAACAGAAGCUCAGCAGAUGUGGGCACCCCAGCCAGCAGCAGAGAGGGGUGCAGGGAAGCUACAGAGAAGCCACUUCUGAUGCCCCAAGGAGCAAGCCAACCCCUUCCAGACUCCAGGAACACCACAAAGCAAUAUGAAACCUGUUCAUGAGAGGAGUCAGGAAUGCCUUCCACCAAAGAAACGAGACCUCCCCGUGACCAGCGAGGAUAUGGGGAGAACGACCAGCUGCUCCACAAACCACACACCCUCUAGUGAUGCUUCUGAAUGGUCCCGAGGGGUUGUGGUGGCUGGGCAGAGCCAGGCUGGAGCCAGAGUCAGCCUGGGGGGUGAUGGAGCUGAGGCCAUUACUGGUCUGACGGUGGACCAGUAUGGCAUGCUGUAUAAGGUGGCUGUGCCACCUGCCACCUUCUCACCGACUGGCCUCCCAUCAGUGGUGAACAUGAGCCCCUUGCCCCCCACGUUUAAUGUAGCGUCUUCACUGAUUCAGCAUCCAGGAAUCCACUAUCCCCCAAUCCACUAUGCUCAGCUCCCAUCCACCUCACUGCAGUUUAUCGGGUCUCCUUAUAGCCUUCCCUAUGCUGUGCCACCUAAUUUCCUACCGAGUCCCCUCCUUUCUCCUUCUGCCAGUCUCACCACCUCUCACCUUCCACACUUUGUGCCAUAUGCCUCACUCCUGGCAGAAGAAGCCACCCCUCCCCCACAGGCUUCAUCCCCGGCCCACUCGUUUAACAAAGCCCCCUCUGCAACCUCUCCGUCUGGGCAAUUGCCACAUCACUCGAGUACUCAGCCACUGGACCUCGCUCCAGGACGGAUGCCCAUUUAUUACCAGAUGUCUAGACUACCUGCUGGCUAUCCCUUGCAUGAAAACCCUCCAGCAGGCACGAGCCCAGUUCUUACCCCUCAGGAGGGCCAGUCUGCUCUGGAAGCAGCUGCUGCCAAUGGAGGACAGAGACAGCGAGAGCGAAAUUUAGUAAGACGGGAAAGUGAAGCCCUUGACUCUCCCAGCAGUAAGGGUGAAGGCCAAGGAUUGGUGCCAGUGGUGGAAUGUGUGGUGGAUGGACAGUUGUUUUCAGGUUCUCAGACUCCGCGGGUGGAGGUGGCAGUGCCGGCACACCGAGGGACCCCAGACACGGACCUCGAAGUCCAGCGGGUGGUUGGCGCUUUAGCUUCUCAGGACUAUCGUGUGGUGGCAGCUCAGAGGAAGGAUGAACCCAGCCCCCUCAACCUGUCCCAUCAUACCCCCGACCAUCAGGCUGAAGGACGAGGGUCAGCCAGGAACCCUGCAGAGCUGGCAGAGAAAAACCAGUCCCGUGGGUUCUACCCUCAGUCCCAUCAGGAACCGGUGAAACAUAGACCUUUACCCAAAGCAAUGGUUGUAGCCAAUGGCAACCUGGUGCCCACUGGAACUGACCCAGGCCUGCUGCCUGUGGGCUCGGAGAUCCUGGUGGCAUCAAGUCUGGACGUGCAGACCAGAGCCACCUUCCCAGACAAGGAGCCAACGCCACCCCCUAUUACCUCCUCCCACUUGCCCUCCCAUUUCAUGAAAGGCGCCAUCAUCCAGCUGGCUACAGGGGAGCUGAAGCGGGUGGAGGACCUCCAGACCCAAGAUUUUGUGCGCAGUGCCGAAGUGAGUGGGGGGCUGAAGAUUGACUCUAGCACGGUCGUGGACAUUCAGGAGAGCCAAUGGCCUGGAUUUGUCAUGCUACAUUUUGUGGUUGGCGAGCAGCAGAGCAAAGUGAGCAUCGAGGUGCCCCCUGAACACCCCUUCUUUGUGUAUGGCCAGGGUUGGUCCUCCUGCAGCCCUGGGCGGACUGCACAACUCUUCUCUUUGCCCUGUCAUCGGCUACAGGUGGGAGAUGUCUGCAUCUCUAUCAGUUUACAGAGCUUGAACAGUAACUCAAUUUCUCAGGCCAGCUGUGCUCCCCCAGGCCAGCUGGGUCCACCCCAAGAAAGGCCUGAGAGGACAGUCUUGGGACCCAGAGACCUAUGUGAUAGUGAGGGGAAGAACCAGCCUACAGGAGAGGGCUCCCAUGCAGUAGAGCCCUCCCAGUCUGAGCCUGGUGCUCAGACCUGCUGGCCAGCCCCGAACUUCCAAAGAUACAGCAUGCAAGGGGAGGAGGCACGGGCUGCUCUGCUCCGUCCCUCUUUUAUUCCACAGGAGGUAAAGCUGUCCAUCGAAGGGCGUUCCAAUGCAGGAAAAUGAACCUCUUUCCCAGACCAGGACUGGGACUUUAACCCCAGAGGUGAACCUCACGGUGAGCAGCCAGAGGAUUUGCACAUGCCGAGCAGGGAAUGGCUCUCUUGGCAGUGAGAUUUUGGGGGUAAGGGGAAGUGUGAAGGCAGCCUCCAGAGGCAGGAUCUGCUGCUCAUUACCCCUUGGCAUUCUUUCAGGAUAGCCCCAGGGGGUACUAUGAUGGGGAGCAGCAGGCCUGGGGCAAGGAAGGAAGGGGGUGCACACAGGAUAAGAAACAUUCCAAAAUCAGGGCCUCCCUGUUCUUUUCUCCCCACUCCUAGCUCCUGCAAGGGAAAGUACAGGCUUUGGGAGCAGGUGGCAGAGGGAGGGAGCAAAGAAAGAGCCAAAAAUGAUGAUCCACAGCUUAUAGUAGCAGUAAAACUGUCUGAAGUUUUUUUUUUUUUUUCUUUUUUAGUGGGAGGGCAGGAGGCCCCAUGGUUGGAAAUAAGAGGGUUCCCACCCAGAACCCUUCUUGUGAGAGAUGUGCACUUUAAAGGGUGAUUUUGUUACAGAUGUCUAUGGCUGGGUUUGUGGGGGAGGAACACUCUCAUCUACAGGACUCUGCUUGAUCCUCUGCUUCAGCCCUUUUCCCAUGUCUCCUCACCAUCCCUCCUACGAGGCUUCUAGCAGCUUAGGGGCCAGGGGAGAGAGGACCCUACAGGGUUUGGAGUAAAGUACUGCCUUGCCACAACCCACCCGGGGAACUUCAGGAGAAGGACCUGACAACCAGAUGAUGCAGCUCUAGGCAGGGCUUCUGGAAAGGUAGCUGACUUAACAAAGCACCCCUUAUUCAAUAUCCAGACCUGCUUUGAGAUUUCAUUGAGUCUCUAGUUGGUAUUGGUAACUUUGGGAAGAACCAGUGAACCCUUUUCCCCAGGCACCCCUCUGUUGUCUAUGUUGUGCCUAAGUGCCUGCGCUGACCCCACCUUUUUGCUGCCCUAAUCUCUGCAUGGUGUCUUGACCUGGACCUCAUUUGUAGCUGCAUUGCCUUUCCUCUUCUGCAAAAUUGGCUUUGUCCAGUCUAACAAAACCUCUAGUUUUUGGUGUGUAGGGGUCUCUGGUUUCCCUAUGAGCUAUAAUCUUUGUUUUUAAAAACUCAAAAUCAUGUCCCUUCCUCUCCCACUGCCAGACAGUGUAGUGGGAACCAUGCCUUGGGCCAGGGCAAAGGUGCCUGGCUGGGCAAUUCCCAUUCUGAUAUUUUUACAUGGCCCCCUCCUAUCUUUUCCCACUGCCUCUCCUAGCAUUCACUCAUCUCCAGGCCGUCACCUCCCACUGCCAGCUCUAAGAGUCUAGGGUAGUCUCAGUAACAUUUUAUUACCUGAAGUAUGUUUUAUUUUGUGGUAGUGUAUUCCUCUGCAAGGAAUAUUUUCAUAGUUGCAUUUGCUUCCCUGUGUCUUAAGCCCACUCCCCCCCCCCCCGCCCCACACAACUUUUAGCAUCAGCUUAGACUGUGGGAUUCCACUGGGUAAUGGGAUUUAGGCUCCCCUACCAACUUUCAGGUGGGGUGAGUGAUCUUUUUGUUUGUUUUUUGGGGGUCUUUAGACUCUUGAAGGCAACUCAGGGUAUUGUCCACCCAGCUCUCUAACUAGAGUUCUCCCAGGGUGUGAUCCUGGCAUUUCCUUUAUACAUGUACCUGGACUGGCCAAGGCCUGGCCUGUCAUCAGGAGUCCCAAACUUUUGAGGUCUGAGCUCUGUUCUGUCAGAAGCUUUAGGCAAGUCUUAUGACCUCUUGCUCUUUCACUUCCUCCCCAGCUGCCAAAUGGGGAUAAAUAAUCUUACCUACCUCCUGGGGGGGAGGGAAAGUUCUGAGAAUGGAGUCAUUCUUAGUGUUCAGGUGCUAAAGGUUGUUCUCCUGGGGGAACAGAGUAAUUGAGACUGGCUUGUUUACUACAAGCCCUAUACUCCACUGUUUCAUUCCUUGGGAGCAGUUACCUGGUCAGUGAGCUUUUGGGGGUCCAUCCAAAGGGGUGCUGACCUGACCACAAGUACUUUGGUUCAUAUCAGAACCAAACACCAACCUUGUACUGCAUUUGAGAUCAUGUCCUUUCCUUUCUCUGUCCCCCAUUCUCUCAGAAUGCUGCUUUUUCUGGCUUGUUUCCUACAGUGGGGGCCUGUGGGGUUGAGUCUUCAAGAAUCCUGUCAGAUGAGAGCCUUAGGAGAAGGCCUCAUCUCUGGCUGUUUCAUGAGCAACUCAUUCCUAGAGAUUAUUGUAUGCAUGUGUUUUUCAUAAACAUCCUUCCUCAUAGGAAGGCUCAUCAACUGAAAAUAGUGACAUGCACACAACAGAUGCUCAAGAAACGUCCACCAUGGGUACCAACUGAGCUUCGUCCUUUAAGGAGGAAACCUAGAUCUAACUACAUACAGGCCAAGAAGUUAAGUCAAAACACUCUGCAUUCAGGCUAGUUGUGACUUCUCAGUCUGGUAACUUCCACUGAAUUCUGGAAAGAAAAAUCGUUGGGACUUUGGCAUGUUGGACCCUGACUUUCUGCUGUGAUUCUGUCUCUUGCUGUGAAGUAGUAUCAGCAGCUUCCCUAAUAAUCGUGCCAUGCAUUUAAUUUGUUAAUACUUGAUUUUGCUGCACUACGGAGGUAUCUUGCAUAAAGUAUGGUCCCCCAGGAAAAGAAGCUCUGCUCUAAAUCAUUUGGUCAGAGCUGUGGCGUUGCCCCUUGCAUCUUCCCUCUGGUUCAGUCUUUCCAGGCAUGAGAAAUAAGAAUAACCUAUGGUGUGUGUGUUCUUCUUUAUAGGAAUUGCCUAAAUUUGCAAGAAACAUGGAAAAUGGGUUUUAGAACAUUUUAGUGGAAAGUUGUUGACUCUUUGGGAAUGAGCAGUUGACAGAGACCAGCCAGUCCUUAGUAAGUGGUAGGGCAUUCCCAGAGUUUAGGGAUAGGAAGGAGGAUGGUUAACUCCCUGGCACUGUACAGAAAUACCUACAUACCAGUUUGGCAGAAGGGGAACCUGAUAAAAUGUAAUAAUCUAAGUCUUAGAUCAUCAGCCCUAUCAGAAUUAGUACUCUUUGGGGAGAGGGCCUGGGAGUUCAGACUGAGUACUUGUACAAGGGGAGGGGCCCCUGCAGAUCUGGACUGACCCUUCUGCCCUCUUGGUCCCAGUUGGUCAUAACACCAUGGAGUUUGCUAUGUGCUGCUUUGCCGCUACUGCUGCCUGCUCACUUUCCUGCCUGCUGCCUUCUGUAGCUCCCCAUGUCUUCAGCCAUAUAGAUUAAAUCCAGGCAUCCUCUCCAUUCUUAACUUUGUUCUGCCAGUGUUAUAUAGCACAGUCAUGUUGAAUAGGGAUUAUAUGAAAUGCUGCUGGUGGGCUGGUGAAUCCAAAGGGAUAUGCUUCAGUGCUGUCAGGAGCCCCUUGGCUCCAAGAUCUGCCUGUCUUGAGGGAGAAACAAGCAGGUCCUGCUAGUGAGUGUUUUCUGUUGUAUUAAUUCUUUCCUUUGUGGUAUUUUGUAUCCUGUUUUCAAAACCGAGUGAAGGGGAACCACAUCAGGGGCUGCGCCAGCAUCCCAGCAAGGUUCAUCUAGCUCCAGUUAUGUGGAUUCUGGGGCUGGGAAAGGGUUGGAGAUUUGGAUGAAGUAGCCCCGCCAUUUGGAGUUUAGUUUUAUUUCUACCAGUGGGCAUCAGAGGCAAUUUAGGGGAAGCACAGGAUGGUAGUAUGAUCUAGACCUGCAACAAGCACGCAUGUUUAAGGGUUGAGUGAUCACACUGGAGUUGAAUGUGGACAUGGUGUGACUGGGAAAGGACCCAGGUCCAUUGGAGUAAAGAUAACCGGAUUAACUGAAUUGGCCAUGGGAGAUUAGGCCACAGUCUUAGAAGAAAAGUAAGUAGGACAGAGGCCAAGUUUUAGGGAGAUGUCUUGACCUCCUAGGGCUAAGUUUACUAAACCACACUGAAGCUACAAUACUUUUCCAGAUGGGAAAAAGUGUACACUACAGUUGAAGAACUGAACCCUACUAGAUUGGAUGUUGAUCAGGAGCCUAUUAGCCCUUUGCUGGGAACCCUUCAUACUCCAGCUUCCCUGGGGUAGGAAAGGUCUCCCACAUUAUGCAAUAAUAAAAUCAGCGUCUGGAUCUUUGCAGCUAUCUGUUGCUCUUUCAACUCUAGGAUCCAUCUUUGGACCAGAAGCCUGGCCCUUGAUGCUAGAGUCAGCUGCAUUCUCCUUACCUGCAGACUAUGCACAGUGCCUGGGGCAGAAGGAGGAAAGGUGGUGCAGUUUGCCCUGCUGAACCUCCCCAGCAGGAACAGUAGUAAUAAAUGCACUUUUCACACUAAAGUUUUAUUAGUUCUAUUAAGCCUAGAUCCUCCCCUAGUAGAUUCCAAAUUCAAAGUCUGUGUAAUCCCAAAGCCAUUCCACUGCAAAUACUCAGCAGUAAAGAUGGCCCCAAAUUGGGUUCCUGUCUGCAGUGUAUGUGGCAGCAGCCCAUGUGCCUUUACCUGUUGUCAAACUUGCAAGCAUUUAUUCUGUCUUUGACUGUCAUGGGGACUUAGGUUCUUCAGAGAGAGAGAGAGCAAGAGAGCUGAUGACAGUGGUUUUACACCCACCCCCAAACAGGGAGUUUGCAUGUAGUUACAAGCUGUGAGGGUUAGUGAGCUGCUGAUAUUGCUGAAGGCAGGGUUGAUCCCUCACUUGCUUCAUACUUGCAUUCAAAAUAAUCUAGAUUGUGUUGGGGAAGAGACUGACUGUACUCAUGGCUAACUUUAAGUAUUAAAACAAGAUUGUCCCCUACAAACUUCCUUGUCACCCAGGAUCCCUGUAGCCAAAACAGUAUAUGUUCCAGCUACAGAGAGCAGUCUGCUCUCAGCUUGCACAGCACCUUAGGGGAGGGAAGAAUACAUGGAUAGGGAAUGGGGUGGAGAAAGGAUGGGAAUUUUGUCAUUCUGGUGGCUUUAGGGUCCUAAGGAAUAGAUAAGAACGGCACUGGGGAGGUCUGGAUGGAUCUGAUUUGUGUAGGAGUUCCCUGUAGAUAAAUUACUGAUCCCCCAACUACUAUCCCCAGUAUGUAAUGGCUGAAUUAAUAUGUAAUCAACUGCAUUGUAUCUAAAGCCUUAGAACUAGUCAGGUGCUCCCCCAGCCCAAUACCAUUUCUUACCCUCUAAUCCUACCUGAUCUUUAACAAAGCAUUAAUAAUUCUAAGGAUAAUCUCUAUUUUGUUGUGCUUUUUUGUAACUGUUUUAAAUAAAUCAAUUUGUACUGUAUAUUUGUACUUUUGUGAGAUCCUUUUUGCUGUUUUACCAUUUUAAGUCUCUGUACUUGGCUACACACAGAUUGUAUUUUUAUUGUUAAUGCUCUUCUUAUGGAUACCUGCAUUUAACUUGUGGACUAUGUAAACAAUAUAUAUCAAUAUCUAUAUAUCUAUAUAUCUAUCUAUAUAAACUACUAGCUUU